CGAUUAUUAUUUUUUUACAGAAUGGCGGCGCUAAAGAUGGCUUGGAUAUGAAUGUUGGAUCUGUUUGGGCGAAAGGCUAUACGGGUAAAGGAGUCGUGGUUUCGAUUCUUGAUGACGGGAUACAAACAAAUCAUCCUGAUCUCGCCCAGAAUUAUGAUCCUCAAGCGAGCAGCGAUAUUAAUGGAAAUGAUAAUGAUCCUACGCCGCAGGAUAAUGGAGAUAAUAAGCAUGGAACCCGGUGUGCUGGAGAGGUUGCCGCUGUUGCUUAUAACCAAUUUUGUGGAAUUGGAGUUGCCUAUAACGCGAGUAUCGGAGGAGUUCGAAUGUUAGAUGGAGUAGUUAAUGAUGCCGUUGAAGCGCGAGCAUUAGGUUUAAAUCCAGAUCACAUUGACAUAUAUUCUGCAUCAUGGGGUCCCGAAGAUGAUGGAAAAACUGUAGAUGGCCCUGGACCAUUAGCAAGACGAGCGUUUAUUUACGGUGUCACUAGCGGAAGAAAAGGAAAAGGUUCGAUAUUUGUGUGGGCUUCCGGCAAUGGUGGCAGACAUACUGAUUCUUGUAACUGUGAUGGUUAUACCAACAGUAUCUUUACAUUAAGCAUUUCCAGUGCUACACAAGGAGGUUAUAAACCAUGGUACUUGGAAGAGUGUUCAUCAACCUUAGCAACCACCUACAGUUCAGGAACUCCGGGUCAUGACAAAAGUGUAGCAACUGUGGACAUGGAUGCACGUUUGCGUCCUGAUCAUAUUUGUACCGUCGAACAUACCGGAACAUCUGCGUCUGCCCCUUUGGCCGCAGGCAUUUGUGCUCUUGCGUUAGAAGCUAAUCCUAGUCUGACGUGGAGAGAUAUGCAAUAUCUUGUAGUGCUAACAUCUAGAUCUGCGCCAUUGGAAAAGGAAGCCGGUUGGAUAACAACGGGAGUAAAAAGAAGAGUUAGUCACAAGUUUGGUUAUGGAUUAAUGGACGCGGCCGCAUUAGUUAGUUUAGCAGAAAAAUGGACAACCGUACCACCGCAGCAUAUAUGCAAAUCUCAAGAAAUAAUCGAAGAUAGGCCUAUAGAUGCAACUUACGGAUAUUCACUAAAUACUCAAAUGGAUGUAAACGGGUGCAGUGGAACAUUAAAUGAAGUACACUUUCUCGAGCAUGUACAAUGUAAAAUCUCUCUAAGAUUUUUCCCACGUGGAAAUCUCCGUAUUUUAUUAACUUCUCCUAUGGGAACGACGUCCACAUUGUUAUUUGAAAGACCCAGAGAUGUUGUCAAUUCGAAUUUUGAUGAUUGGCCGUUUUUAAGCGUACAUUUUUGGGGAGAAAAAGCCGAAGGGCGUUGGACUCUUCAAAUAGUUAAUGCGGGUAAUAGGCAUGUCAAUCAACCGGGAGUUCUUAAAAAAUGGCAGUUAAUAUUUUAUGGAACUUCCGUAAAUCCCAUCAGAUUGCGAUCCCCAAGCUCUCCAUCUACAUCGUGGAAAUCUCCGUUAAACACUUUCACAUUUCCUACACACUCCGAUGCAAUUACGCAAGAGACUCCUGUGACGGUCAGUGACUACUUCAAUUCUGACCUCUUUAGGGGCUUCAAUAAUUUCCCUAAUAUUUACACAUUUUCGGGAUCGGAUCAGGAAGAAGUUAUUAGUUCAAUGGAUGGCAAGAAAACAAAAAUUAGGGAUAAUGAUAAUAGAAUUGACUUAGAUGAAGAAACUAAGGAAAACUGUGAUCCUGAAUGCGAUGAUCAGGGUUGUUACGGAAAAGGUGCUGAUAAAUGUAUAGCUUGUAGAAAUAAAAGAUUGGACAAAAUGUGCGUAAGUAACUGCCCUCCAAGGAGUUUUGCAGAUUCCCAAGGUUUGUGUAAACCUUGCCAUGAAAGUUGUGAUACCUGCACAGAUGCUAGUCAAUCGCAUUGCCUAUCUUGUUCACCAGGUCAUGUUCGUGUUAUCGAUUUGGAUAUGUGUAUGCAACAAUGUCCUGAAGGAUAUUAUGAAAAUUUUGCAGAAAAAACAUGUACCCCAUGUCAACCAAACUGUGCCAGCUGUCAAGAUCGGCCCGACCAUUGCACAAGUUGCGAUCGUCAUCUUCUUCUACACCAAAGCCAAUGUUUAGCUUCAUGCCCUUCUCAUACGUACGAAACUGAAGACUACAUAUGUGCCCCUUGUCAUGAAUCAUGUGAAACUUGCACCGGUUCUAAUAGUACACAAUGUAUAACUUGUAGUGCUGGCCGAUAUUGGCAUGACGGUCGUUGCACGAGAGACUGUCCAGCUCAUCAUUACGCAGAUACGUAUCAACAGGAAUGUAUCGAGUGCCAUCCAGGCUGUUCAGAAUGCAAUAAAACCGCAUGCAUUUCCUGCCUGGAUGAUUGGCAGAUUAAUAGCAAGGGUCGCUGUGCAGCUCUUGGUAGUGAACGCUGUGAUACAGAUCAAUACAUGGAUGGUGGCAUUUGCAAGCAAUGUCACUCAACAUGCGAGACGUGUGAUGGGCCUACUGAACACGCCUGUCUUUCAUGCGCUAGUCCUUUAAUAUUACAGAGUACAAGAUGCGUGGGCGAAUGCGAGAAAGGCUCUUUCCAUGACAAAUUUUUACAUUCUUGUGAGCCUUGCACUCAUACUUGUCUAAACUGCUCUUCAAAAACAAACUGCACCAAAUGCAUAUCUGGAUUACAACUACAAGGGGGCCAAUGCCAAGCUACCUGUGCAUCAGGAUACUACAGCGAUAGAGGCAUAUGUUCCCGUUGUUAUAUUAGCUGUGAAACAUGCAGUGGUCCUGGUCAUAAUUCGUGUGUCUCAUGUCCACGUGGGUGGCAACUGGCAGGUGGGGAAUGUCGGCCUGAUUGCCCAGAUGGGUUUUAUAAGACAGAGUAUGGUUGUCAAAAGUGCCAUUACUCGUGUAGAAAUUGUGUAGAAUGUAGAAACCAAGCAGAUAAACGAAGAAUUAAUGUUGAAGCCUAUCUUGUACAAACGCAACCUGUUCCAACUGUUCAACUUAUAAAUCCAUUUAAUUUUGUUACUGGUUUGGCGAUCAUUGCCUGUCUUUGCAUCAUUGUUUUGUUUGUUACAAUAUUUAUUAUUCUUCAGAGAAAUAGUGUACAAAAUUCUCAACGUGGUUACAGCAGGGUAUCUAUAAAGAAGCCUAAAGUGACAUGUAAUUAUAACGUGGUGGCUGUGAAUGAAGAUGACUCCAGUGAUUCUGAUUGUUCCGAGGGUCAGCUGAUAACUUCGAAACGAGACCAGACAGAGUGCUAACCGUACACGGACUACCAUGUGUAAACGCCAUUCACUGUCUUCAUUGCUUGUGUCUGUGUUUUUAUUAGAGAAAAGGAACAAAUUGAAAUAUUAACUAAAGGGUAUGUGCGCCCUGGAUAUCGUAUUUUAAAUAUUGUAUAUAUUAUGUGAUUUUUUAAUGAAACGAAAUGAUUACCAUUUGUACCAAAUUCAGUGUAUUUAAUAUAUAUUUCAUUGUUACUAUCAAUGAAGACAGCUCAAUGUAUAAAUUAAAUUUUAAGACACGAAACUUAAGUGCUCUUGAUAUUUCAUUUCAUAAAUAUAGUUAUUUUUAAAUGUAUACUUUGUAUAUAUUCAAUAGAUAAUUGUUUCGAUGUUAUUUAUGGAACUUACCAUUUGUAAACCCAGUGAUAAUUAACCCGAAUAUAUUUUACCUUAAGUACCUAUCUUUGGUUCCACUCUGUUUUGCAGUGUAAUUGUGAUGUGCAUGUUGCAUGAUUUUUAAUGUAUUAAUCUAGACAUUUGUUAUAGUUCCUCCAGCACGAAUUUUGAAAAUUUGUGUCUCUUCCUUUUUGAUAAUUCUUUUUACCACUAAUUUCUCCAGUGUACCUAUUUGACAGGUUUGGCAAUAUUAUUUAAUUGUAGUAAUUUUUACAAUAAAUAGACUUUGUAUAGGUAUCCGGUAUUUAAAUAGCCAAAAAUGACGUAA